GAGAAAUCGUAAAUUUUAUGAAAAUUCAUGAAGAAAAUACGGCGUGAACAAGUUAUGAGACAUUGAGUCCUUCAGUCAACUCUAACUGGCACAUCAAAAUGAACAUUUUAAUAUCCCAGUUCAGUUCAGAAUAGUGAAAAGAUAUUUUGAAAGAGUUUAUACUAAUCAAACAUUCCAUUUAUUUCACGUUAUGUACAGAAUAUACAUUCCUAUUUCUGCAAAUUCUGAAUUCGUCAAAACUCGAGUAGUCGUUAAUAAUAAUAAGUUAAAUAUUGAGGCAACAAACUAUGUAAAUAGCAUAACACUAGUUCACUUGGCAUAUUUUGUUGAGUCACAAACAAGAAAAUUGUGAGUGAUUUGUUUUCGUCAAUAUCAUACUUUACACUUGUUUAUUUCAGAACAGAGUAUCGAUCAGAGAGUAAAGAGAAAUUGUUAUAAACAAACUUCUGUGGAAUUUCAUCAAUGAUAAACAGUAAUGUCCGCAUUUACCACCUUGUGUUUAAUGGUGAAAAAUUCAGCUUCGACCUUCCUUUGAAAAUCUAUAUCCUACUCAGUCCAAUGGUUUCAUAUUAGCAACGAAACUGUUUACUUUGGCCAGUAUAAUUACAGAUUAGUACUGAUCAAGCGUGUUGAAAUUUACUGCUCAGAUGCACGGAAACAGUAUUUCUACACGUAUUAUCAAGAUCAAACUAUUGAAUUUCAAAACCAUUUCAUUCACACUCACCCGUCCCAUCAUGUGUUCACGUAAAUUGUAGUUCAAUUAUUUGUAAUAUGUUGAGGUGUAAUCUUUUCGAAUGGCGUAUUAGUUAGUUAAUAGUUUGAGGUAAUAAAUUAUCUUUGAUUUUAGCUGGAUGGUUUAUUACCUCAAACUAUUAACUAACUAAUACGCCAUUCGAAAAGAUUACACCUCAACAUAUUACAAAUAAUUGAACUACAAUUUACGUGAACACAUGAUGGGACGGAUAAAAUCAGAGUUUGGCAAAAUUGUUUUGAAAUCAGAAAAUGAAGUGGAUUUAUCAGAUGAAGUGAAAGGAUUCAUUAAAGAUGUCGAGAAGUAUGACUUCAUUAGACUCAGUCUUCCUGAUAUAAAUGGAAUCCAUCUGAGUAAGUUGCUUCCUACCCGCUUUGCUAAGAAGUUGGCAAUGGGCCAGGUGGAAAUGUAUUCAGGGUCUAUAGCAUUCGGACCAAGAUUUGAAAUGAUCAGCAUCCCAGAAGUGGUUGAAAGGAAACAUAUUAACAGUGUUUUGAAGCCAGAUUUCUCGACUCUGCAUCCGUGUCAUUGGAUUUCACAAAAGAAUUAUCCUUACACACAAAAGGACAAUAACAUGUUUUUGAACGGAGAAGAAGAUGGUAAAUAUUCAUUUUGUUCCGUUUUGUGCGAUAUAUACUGGCCUAAUAACCAGCCAAUGUAUGCCUAUCCAAGAUUUGUUGCUCAAAGGCUUAUCAAAGAGCUGGAGGAUAAAUAUAAUCUACGGUUAUAUUCAGCUUUUGAACCGGAGUUUAGGGCUUUUGUAAAGGGAAGCUAUGAGUCAUCGUGUUUAGAACCAAAGUCGAACGACGUUAUCCAAUUUAUCGACCUUAAAAAGCCAAUCCCUUGGACAAAUUUUAGAGACAUGUACAGAACAAGUUUACUGUCCGUUUAUGAAAACUAUUUUGCGGAUAUUGAUUACAAUAUGCAGCUAGCAGGGAUCGAUAUACAAGAUUACAGUAAUGAAGAUGGCGAAGGACAGUUAGAAUGUCCGUUAAUACCAACAUGGGGGUUGUCGGCUGCAGAUAAUUAUUUUAUAUUGAAACAGGCUGUAAAAGAAAUUGGAACUAAACAUGGGAUGGAAAUUUCGUUUAUGACUACACCAUUACUGGAUUCCAGCUCUAGUGGGUGUCAUUACAACCAUUCUCUGUGGUACUCUGAUAAUAAUCGUAAUGCAUUUUACGAUGAUAAAGAUCCUGAUCGAUUAUCUACUCUAGCUCGUCACUGGAUUGGAGGGAUCUUGGAACAUUUACCAGCUAUGUUAGCUGUUUCUUGUCCAACAGUAAACUGCUAUAGAAGACUGCAUAAACAUCUUGCUCCCUCCUGUGUGAAUUGGGAUUUUCAUGAUAGGUAUGUAUCAGUUCGUGUAAAAAACUUUAAUGAGAAACAGACAUACAUAGAAAAUCGUAUACCAUCGUCCGCAUCUUGUUCUUACCAUGUGCUUGCUGCCACAAUAGCAGCUGGACUAGAUGGCUUGGAACGUCAGAUACACCCUCCACCUUCAGGUUUGAAACUAGCAAAUGGUCAAAUUGGUGCCUGUAAAGUACUUCCCAAUACAAUUCAACAGGCUCUACAUAGUCUUAUGGAUGACAAAAUACUUGUGAACAAGUUGGGAGCAGAUUUUGUUGAUUGGUAUAUUCAAGUAAAAAAGAAUGGAGAUUUAUCAUCACUUGGUCAUUUAAAUAUACAUGAUAAUACUGAAGAAACACUGGCUUAUGAAAGAUAUGAAUAUUUCAACUUUAUGUGACUCACUUCACAGAACCAGUUUAUUCUAUCAGUUUAUUCCAACAAUGAUGAUUUUCUCAGUAGCUAUUGCAUGUAAAGCUACUUACUUUUAAAUUUUUAUUCUCUCACUUUUUAUAAGUCCCAUUCUAUUACUGCUAUUUCACCUAGUCAUUCCUAUAUUACUCUUAAGAUGGGGUUGACUACUUUUACAUUUCAUUCCACUAUAAUCCACUAUUUUUUAAAAAGGAUAUUAUUAAUGUGAUAAGCAGUUUAAUAAUAAUGAAUUAAAAAUGAGACUAGUUUGAUGUUUGUUUUAUUAACAUAAUGCAUUUCAAGGAUAUAAUGAAUCUCCUAGUUAGGCUGUAU